UUGAAGCUUCAAAGUUGGAGAAAUAAUGGUGUGUUUUUGCUUCCUAGUGGAUCAAAAACGGCACGUAACGAGCAGCAAACCGGCUGCCGGAACGUGCUCGCGGUGUGGUGGUGGUGCUAGUGUUGCCGUUAUGAAGACAUCUACUAGAUUUUGCCAUGUUCCCUUUUAUUGGAAGUCUUGGAGAGCUGUUAUGUGUACUUUUUGUGGUUCAAUUCUCAAAUCUUACCAUUAAAACCAUCCUUUUGAUCCGGGUACGGUUAGAGAAUCUCUUAUAAAUAAGAAAAUAGAAAAAUUUUAUUAUUUUUGUAAAUGGCAAGAAUAAAAUUUUUGUUACUAUGAAGUUAUUUUUAUCAUUACACUAUAUAUUAUUCUUUUAUACUAUAUAUUAUUACACUUUUUACUAUAUAUUAUUAUAGAUGUAAUAUCAAAUAUUCUUUUAUCAUUACACUUUCUACCAUAUGAUGUAUUUUGUUAGAAACAAGUCAUGCCAAAAACUUUCCAUUAGAGGAGGUGAUGUUGUAGACAUAGCACAACAUAUUUGAUUGUACAUAUUUUUAAAAAAUAAAAGCUUUAAAUAUUACAUGAAACAUAAAUUUUAAGUGCGUUGAGACAUAGUAGGUUGUAAAAGUUUUUGAUAUGACAACAUAUCAUGUGAUCUUGAUGCUCAUCAUUAAUUUUAUGAAAACAAAGGUUUUAAACAUUUUUCUCAAUUUUUAUUUCUAUAUUUUUUUAAGUUAGA